AUGUGUAAGGAAGUUGAGGUGGAAGAGUCUUCUGUGGAGAUGGAGGUGGGUGCUGCAGCUCUUCUGAGCAUUUGUCCUCUUUUCUCUUCCUUUCCUUUCAGUCUUCUCCUGCAGGAAGUUACCAUGAGUCUGGAGAAGUCCCUCAUUCUAUUUUCAUUGUUUCUCUUGGUACUUGGAUGGGCCCAGCCUUUCCUGGACAAGGAACCUCCAGCCAAGAAGUUUGAGCGCCAACACAUGGACCCACAUGGUUCCUCCAACCACAGCCCCACCUACUGUGACCAAAUGAUGAGGCGCAGGAAUAUAACAUGCAAGCGCAUGAACACGUUCAUACAUGAACCCUUGGCAGAUGUCCAGGCUGUCUGCUUCCAGGAAAGAGUCAGCUGCAAGAACCCCCAGAUGAACAACUGCUACAAGAGCAGCUCAGCCAUGCACAUCACUGACUGCAACCUGAAGCCCAAAAGCAAAUGCAACUACCAGACCAGUCGCCACCAGAAGCACAUCAUUGUGGCCUGUGCUGGGAACCCCUAUUUACCAGUUCACUUCGAUGAUUCUGUGUAG